CUUGCAAUGACCCUGAAGCCUUCUUCUCCAGAGUCCAUCUACUUCAACCCUUUUGCUGUCGAACAACACAGUACCACGGCAAUUGAUGUCAGCCACCGCUCGUCUCCCAGUCGUCAGAGGCCAGUUGUUCGGCGCCGCACAUCCAGCUCCGACAGCUUUACGAGCACGAGUAGUGGGCUCAGUAUCUUCGGGGCCUCUACUUCUACAAGACAUUUACGCAUAAGGACCGAGGGUGGUAGCAUCGCUAAUGGUCAUCACCCAUUGCGAAGUGCCGACCUGUCGUCUACAUUCCAGAACGGGGCGGGAGUAACAAGGCCACAACUCAGUCGUAUUUUGAACAUCCCGCCACUAGUCGACGCACCAAGUGUCCCGGGUGCUGAUAUGAUGGUUGAGGAGCCAACAGCAGACGAGAAGGUUGUAUUGGUUCAUGAAAUCACUUCCAAAGACUCGCUCGCUGGAAUUGCACUGAAAUACGGGAUAAGCUUAGCGGAACUUCGGCGAGCCAACUCCCUGUGGUCAUCCGAUUCGAUCCAUUUGCGCAAAGUUUUAUAUAUACCGCUCGAUAAGACCUCUCGCGCGCAGCAACUCGCUCCAACACCUCUCCUUAUCUCGACCGAAGAAGACGAGGAAAAGCAAACCCCAACAUCUCCUACUCCGAUUGAGAGCGCCUCUAUUCGUCGAGUUCCCGCCUCCCAACUAUCUUUCUUUCCUCCCCAUUCUCGGCCGCAGCCCGAAAGCCCGCCAUUAAUACCACUAGAACCACAACCGAAACACUCCCGUCAUGUACGCCACGCUACUGCUCCGGGCACCGCAUCACCCGCCUCAGGCCCAGUGGGCUCACCCUCUUUAACUUCCAUUCUAUCUGCAUUACCCAUACAAGCUUCAACUCGGGACACUAUUAUCGCGCGUUUCUCUUAUGAUAGCACAAGUUCGAGCUACUCUGACCGUGAAGAAGGUCACGAGUUAGAUGAUGUCCGACGGGGUGCCUCCCUAGACUCCAUUUUCAAUCCCUCUUCCGGUAAUGAUGCAACCCCCAAAGCGAAAUCCGGUGUCACUGCGCCCACCCACUCACACACUCGAACGGCCUCGGCCUCAUCAGCCGCCUACAACAAUAACAAUGUUUCCAGAGCCGAAUAUCGACGACAAGGUCCACUAAGGACCGUUCAACUUGAGCCAUCUCCCGUGAUGCAACUACCCUUUGCAACAGUCAGGAAGAAGGCCACGCGUAUAAAUGGGGAUUUUGAUCUUCUUGGAUUGGGGAAUGGUGAGGGUCAAGGCGAGACAGUAGAUUGGGACCCGUGA